AUGCCCGAGUACAAGGAAAACCCAAAUAAUUUCAAGGCCCCUCCAAUCCCGAUGAAGAAAGAGCAUUCUCAACCCAAACACCCUUCACCCCCCCAACCAACCCAACCCAAGAACAACCUCACAAGUCCAGCCAAUCCCAUCUCUCCCUCUCUCUCUACAAUGGACGUUCGCCGGCGGCCAUCGAAGCCCGUUGCGGCCGCGGACUCCGGCAACCCCAACUCCAAACACCCACCUUCGCCACUCACGUAUUACGUCGACGAAGACCCGUCGCUCAGAGUCCCCCCCUCCCUUUACUUUGUUAACGCCUCCGUCAUCUUCGUCUUCUUCACCGUCCUCUACUACCUCCUCUCCCGCUGGCGCGAGAAGAUCCGCUCCUUCUCCCCGCUCCACGUCCUCUCCGCCCCCGAGCUCGCCGCCCUCGUCGCCUUCGCCGCCUCCUCCGUCUACCUCCUCGGCUUCUUCGGCGUCGAGUUCUUCCAAUCCCUCCUCUUCCGCCCCCCGUCCGACCUCUGGGCCGAUGACUGCGAGGAAGAGAGGGUGGUCUCCGUCGUCUCCGAGGGGUGCGCCCGGAAUGCCCCCUGCGGCCAAGCCCUUGAUUGCGAGACCCCCAAGUUGGAUUUCGACCCGGUGAAGCCCGCUGCUCCAAAGGCGAAGCCUGUUGAGACCGAGAAAUGGGAUGAGCCGAUCGGUCUGACCGAAGAGGACGAGGAGGUGAUCGCCUCGGUAGUGGCGGGGAAAACGCCUUCAUACUCAUUGGAGUCAAAGCUCGGGGACUGCAGGAGGGCCGCUGCGGUCCGCCGUGAGGCACUGCAGAGGACGACCGGCAAGUCGCUUGUUGGAUUGCCUCUGGAAGGGUUCGACUACGAAUCGAUUCUCGGGCAGUGCUGCGAGAUGCCGGUUGGGUACGUGCAGAUCCCCGUGGGGAUCGCGGGGCCUUUAGUGCUCGACGGUCGGGAGUACUCGGUCCCCAUGGCCACUACUGAAGGGUGCCUGGUGGCAAGCACCAACAGGGGCUGCAAGGCGAUCGCCAUGUGCGGCGGUGCAAGCAGCGUCGUCUUCAGGGAUGGCAUGACGAGGGCGCCGGUCGUGCGGUUCGGAUCGGCAAAGAGGGCUGCAGAGCUGAAGUUUUACCUGGAGAACCCUGCGAAUUUCGAUGCCCUGUCCUCCAUUUUCAACAGUUCUAGCAGAUUCGCGCGGCUUCAGACCAUAAAGUGCGCAAUCGCAGGCAAAAACCUCUACCUAAGGUUCUCGUGCAGCACCGGUGACGCGAUGGGGAUGAACAUGGUCUCGAAGGGAGUCCAAAACGUCAUGGAUUUCCUGCAGAACGACUACCCUGACAUGGAUGUCAUCGGUAUCUCCGGAAACUUUUGCUCGGACAAGAAGCCUGCAGCCGUGAACUGGAUUGAGGGAAGGGGUAAGUCGGUCGUGUGUGAGGCCGUGAUCAAGGGCGAUGUGGUGAGGAAGGUGCUCAAGACCAGUGUGGAGGCACUGGUGGAGCUCAACAUGCUCAAGAACCUGACCGGCUCCGCAAUGGCUGGAGCCCUUGGAGGGUUCAAUGCCCACGCCAGCAACAUCGUCUCGGCGAUCUUCAUUGCCACAGGCCAAGACCCAGCCCAGAAUGUCGAGAGCUCUCAUUGCAUAACCAUGAUGGAAGCUGUCAACGAUGGCAAGGAUCUCCAUGUCUCUGUCACGAUGCCAUCGAUAGAGGUGGGAACAGUUGGAGGUGGGACUCAGCUUGCCUCGCAAUCGGCAUGUCUGAAUCUGCUCGGAGUGAAGGGGGCCAACAGGGAAGCGCCGGGGUCGAACUCAAGGCUCUUGGCCACCGUUGUGGCCGGCUCGGUCCUCGCAGGAGAGCUCUCUCUGAUGUCGGCUCUCGCAGCCGGCCAGCUCGUGAAGAGCCACAUGAAGUACAACAGGUCCACCAAGGAUGUCUCCAAGGUCUCAUCCUGAACCAUGAUUGUAACUUGCCCACUCAGCUUC